UUUCAUACUUUAUAAAAUGAAGGCAAAUUAUUUCUCCAUUGUUGUUAUCUUCUCAUUGUUCUUCAUCUAUGGGUGUUAUGCAACCAAAUUAUUUAUAAGGAAUAAUUGUCCUCACAAAAUUUGGCCAGCUACACAAAGUGGGGCAGGUCAAGGAGCGGCGAUCCCAACAGGAUUUCGAUUAGCUUCGAGAGGAACAAAAAAAUUCGAUCUACCUAAUUCAUGGUCAGGAAGAAUAUGGGCAAGACAUCUCUGCUCCUUUUCUGAUCAAAAUUUCACUUGUCUUAGCGGAGAUUGCAAGAGCGGCUCAAUAGAAUGUAAUGGCGCGGGUGCUACACCACCAGCAACCCUAGUACAAUUCACAAUAGCAAAUUCGUCUAAUGAAAAAGACUAUUACUCUGUUAGCAUUGUCGAUGGCUUCAAUUUACCUGUCUCUGUUACACCUAUAAAUAGACCUGAUUGCGGGAUAGCAGAUUGUCUUGUGAAUCUUAAAGACGUGCAUUGUGGAGAUCAAGUUGAUUUAGAGGUACGAGAUCAAAAUGAGACAGUAAUCGGGUGCAAAAGCGGAUGCUUAGCGUUUAAUCGUGAUGAGUUGUGUUGUACUGGUGAGUAUAGUUCUCCACAGACUUGCAAGCCAUCUAUCUACUCUUUAACACUAAAAAAAUUGUGUGAUAAAGCUAUUACUUAUCCUUAUGAUGAUGAAACUUUAUUUACAUGUAGUGGAGGAGCCAACUACAAAAUUACCUUUUGUCCAUGGGGACAAGAGUUGCCUGUUUUAAAAAAAUAGGUGGCCUAAAGUCAAAAUUUAUUAAUAUAAUGUUUAUUCAAUAUUUAUUUUAUUGUUUCUUAAAAUGUGUGGUUGUGCAGAAUGGAAGAUGAGAACCUAGAUAAGGCUUAAGUACACAUCUUUUUAAGCGAAUCAAUUUGUCACGAUCCAAAAGUCGAGGUUUUGAUGACAUACACCCCGAGAACCUCAAAAUGGUGUGAAAGCAGAAAGAAAUAACACAUAAGAGACUUUCAAAGGGAAAUCAGGCCACGAUCGAUAAGAAACAAUAAAGAAGUUCUCAAAAUAAAAGGCAUUUAAUUCAUUUCUAGAUUCUGAAAUAUAUCUCAAUUUUUCGAAAGGAAAUUAAAAAUUAUAAAUGAUAGAUGGAGACCAAUGACAAUCUCAAAAACAGAAUCUCACCCCUACUUCUAUUAUCUAUCUAGGGUAAAGUGAAACAAGCAUAACAUCUUGUUUUAGUAAACCUUGACUGGAGUUGGAUCAAUAUGAAGUUUGUAUUGUUGAACAAAAAAUCAAAAGAGAAAUUUGUUGGGAUAUCUUUGAUUUUGAAUUUACAUUCAAGAUCAUAUGAUAUUUUGAUGAUUAAACAUCGUACGAGCUACAAUCUAUGUAUAAUGAUAAUAAAGAAUAAA